AUGAUGGACAAUGCAUCCAUAAUCACGAACCCCGCCCGCACCGUCUUCCCCCAAGGGCCCAGCUUCACCCUCGAAGACUUCUCCAGUCGGGACUUCAUUGUCAAGGAGUUCAUUGAAGCCCUCUCCGACACCGCCAUCUCCAACCGUCGCUCGCUAGCAGGUACCGCCGGCGCUGCCAACCAACCCUUCGACCCCAAACCCCUCAUCCGCACCUUCGAAAGCGCCCAACGUCGCCUGAGCGAGCUCUCCGGAGAUCUCGAGCUCCGCGAAAAUGAACUCUCAGCAGCUGUCCGACGCGCAGAAGCGCAACACGGCCAGAACCUCAACACCCUCGGCCAGAAGCUCCGCCACACCAUCGAAAACUUUCAACAGCUUGACACGUCUCUAAAUGCGCCCGGCCGCGAGAAUCCAGCAGGGACGGGGAAUAUGGCAGUCGAGACAGGAAAGCGCCUAGAGGAGCUAGACCGACAGCGGCGGCGAGCUCUGGACGCCCAUUUCCUUAUCCAAUGCUGGGACGGGGUGUGCAACCGGGGCGAGAUCUCGCUAUUAGAGGGCCUGCGGCGAUCUGGCACGGGAGAGGCCAAGGUACGCUCCGCACACAUUGCGCGCCAACUGCUGCGUAUUAGUCAACGACUAGACCCGCAGAGCUGGCAGGAACAUCGGGCUCACUCCAAUGGUGGUGGGUAUGGGAAUAGCUCUUCGUCUGAGGAUCUCAGCGAAAGCAGCACGCCGCGGCGGAACACGCGAGAGAUUAUUGAGAAGUUCUCCGAGACACUGGAGAAGGAUUUGCUGAAACAGUUUGACGAUUUCUACCGCAAGGCUAACUUCGACGGUAUGAGGGACUGCGCGACUGUAUUGCAGGAUUUCAAUGGCGGUGCCAGUGUUAUUGCGUUGUUUGUCAACCAGCAUCAGUUCUUUAUUGAACGCAGCCAGCUGGUAACAGAGGAAGUCGGUGGGGAUCCGGAGUCGUGGGAGAAACUGGCUGACCCGGACGCGGAGCUUCCUGGCGUUGAAUCCAGUCUCCAGUCGUUGAUCGAUGAAGUCAAGGUUGUGGUUCAGGAGGAGUCUGCUAUUAUUCGGCGGGCCUUCCCCUACUACGAACAAGUCCUGGGUAAGUUCUUACAGCGGGUCUUCCAGCAAUCUAUCCAGCAGCGCCUAGAAAUGGUGCUGGAGAAAGCGGCUGGUGUAUCGUCACUAGCGUUCCUCCGUUGUCUACAGAGCUCCCGUGGCUAUAUCAGUGCCUUGAUCGAAGAUUUGAAGUCGCACGGGUUGACCGAGCAUCCGGAGCCCGUUUCUUCGCAGACAGCUGUGUUGCUAGAUCAGCAGCUGGAAGAGCUUUUCGUUCCUUAUUUCGUUGGAUCGUCCUACAUCGAACGCGAGAAGCGGACAUUAGAAGAACUUUUCAAUGCGGUCUUGUUCAAGUUCACCUCCUACCAUGCCCGCCGCAAGAAGGCGGCAACAACUUUCAUGGCCUCGUUGUCCCGGGCUGGAUCAGAACUCCUUUCGACCACACGCGAUGCAUUUAUCAGCCGGUUGGACUCACCAGAGGUCUCACCUAUCCAGCGGAAAGUUCUGCUCAGCGUAGCCAAGACAGGCGAUACGCUAGAGGCAACUCGAUUGACCGAAAUCAAGCUCACAGAAGAAGAUGGACAACCCAAUCUCAGCGACGCUAAGCGGAUGCUGAAGUGGCUGGCUGAAGCCGUGGGGCGAGGAUUGGAGCUCAGCGUCAACAGUGACACACCCAAAGAUGUCUCCGCCUUGCUCAACCUGCUUCUCCUCGCGAUGGGAGAGGGAUACGUGGAUGUCUGUCUAGACGCCGCUCUGGAAGCGGCUACGUCGCAAGAAUCCGGCAAGGCCGAGCCUGAUUUCUCCUACCUCUUCUCAGCUCGCACCACGAUCAGCAUUACCACAUUGAUGGUGAUGUGCAUCCAUGCGGUCCUUCUCCCUCUAUCAGCCGCGAGCAUCACCACUCGCCGGGAUAUGGAGAAGCGUACCAGCCAAACCACCUCGCGCAUCGAGGACAAAAUCAACAGCAUCGAGCAGAAAACUAUUGACGCCACAUUCGCCUGGGUUAGCAGAUUGCUAUCUGGCCAGAAGAAGAACGAUUUCCGGCCCAGGGAGAGUGAUAACACCGCAUGGUUAGAGAUGCUACAGACCCCAACCUGCGCAUCCAUCACCUCAUUCCUAACCCGUCUCCACAACAUCGCGCGCACCUCCCUCCCAUCCAGCGGCGCCAACGUGCGCCAAGUGCUGACCGAGAUAGCACUCGGAAUCCGCAGCCUCCUUCUCGAACACUUCAAACGGUUCUCCGUCAGCGGACCUGGCGGACUAAUGGUAACCAAAGACAUGACACAAUAUGCAGACCUCUUCAGAUCCUGGGACAUCGACGACGAGACCAAAGGCCCCGGUGGCGUGCUGGACGUGCUACUGGAAGUCGGCAGUCUAUUCGUGAUUGGGCCCGAGGCUCUCCGCGAACGAAUUCGUGGUGGUGCUGCCAGCGGCACGACUGGCGGACCGGGGGGUUCGGGACGCAAUACUACCCAGGAGGGUAAAUUGAGUGUGCAGGAGGUGCGGGCUUAUGUCUCGCGUCGCGAGGACUCCAAUACUUUUGCUAUGCAGCAGGUUCUUAAUGCAUUGUGA